CGUGAGUUUACCUCCCACCGAUCGGAGUUUUAUCAUAAUAACCCCGUAGUGUACAUACUUGCACAAAGAGCUGUUAGCACCCGGCCAUGGCCAAGAGCACUCCCCUCCUCAGCUUCGUCUACCUGCUGUGUAUUGCCCAUGUCACCUCGAUUAGCUUCGACUACAACUUCUCCAUCCCCGGCGUUCUCACUAGCGCAAACAUCAAGUACAUGUCUAACGGCAGUCGAGGCACCGAUCGGAUCGACCUGACCAAGGACGCGAUCUGGAGCACCGGCCGGGUGGCGUACGGGCAGCCUUUGCAGCUCUGGGACGAUACCGCCAAGGUCGCCAGCUUCACCUCCAACUUCACCUUCGCUAUCAAGCCACACAACAGCACCAAUCAGGCCGACGGUAUGGCGUUCUACGUCGGGCCGUGGCCCCCAAAACUGCCGGAGGACUCCAACGGCGGCUUCCUCGGUCUCUUCAACAACCCCAUCGGCACGAACAUUGACUUCCCGCCGACCAUCGCAGUGGAGUUCGACGCGUUCAGGAACGACUGGGACCCCAACAACACCAUGAACCAUAUUGGCGUGGACGUCAAAAGCAUCACGUCCCGUGCGUACACGCCGCUGCCGGACGGGAGCUUCAACGGGACCAUGUCGGCGUGGGUCAGAUACGACGCCAACGUGAGCACGCUGUCGGCGACCCUUCGGUUCGACGAUCUGCCGCAGCUGGGCCUCUACAACGUCAGCGCGAUCGUGGACUUCAAGGACGCCGGGCUGCCGCCAUACGCCGCGGUCGGUUUCUCGGGAGCCACCGGUGAUUUCAUCGAACGACACCAGAUCCUUUCUUGGUCGUUCGAGUCUACUCUCACCGGCGUCGUCGUCAACGUCAACAACACCGAUAACAAAAGUGCGAAGACGAGAAAGACAAGCCUAAUAGCCGAAGUGAUGGUAUCCACUGGGGUCGUCGUUGUACUGCUUGUCGUAGUGGUGUGGCUUAGCUAUCGCCGCAGAUGCCUAAAAAGACAGAAUGGGAAGCAAAUACAAGAGGCACCAGAAGGCACACAUAUUCCAAUCGAGGGAGACAUGGACGAUGAGUUUGAGAAGGGGACGGGGCCUCGUAGGUUCACCUACAGCCAAUUGUCACGAGCGACACGCGGAUUCUCAGACGAGGAGAAGCUCGGCGAGGGCGGUUUUGGAUCAGUCUACCGUGGAUACCUGCAGGACCAGGGGCUCCAUGUAGCCAUCAAGAGGGUCUCCAAGACGUCGAAACAAGGGAGGAAGGAGUACAUCUCCGAGGUGACCAUCAUAAGCCGUCUCAGGCAUCGCAACCUUGUGCAGCUUGUUGGGUGGUGCCACGAGGCCGACGAGCUCCUGCUCGUGUACGAGCUCAUGACGAAUGGCAGCCUCGACAUGCAUCUCUACAGCACGAGUGACGUUCUAGCUUGGCCAGUCAGGUACGACAUCAUUCUUGGCAUGGGCUCUGCUCUCCUGUACCUUCACCAGGAGUGGGAGCAGUGCGUGGUGCACCGGGAUAUCAAGCCGAGCAACGUGAUGCUGGACUCGUCGUUCAACGCCAAGCUUGGCGACUUCGGCCUCGCCCGCCUCAUCAACCACAGCCACGCUGCGCACACCACCAUGCUCGCCGGCACCAAGGGAUACAUAGACCCGGAGUGCGUGGUGACUAGCCGCACGAGCGUCCAGUCCGAUGUCUACAGCUUCGGCGCCGUCCUUCUCGAGAUUGCCUGCGGUAGGAAGCCCGUUGUCCCGCACGAGGACGAGAGCAAGGUGUUGCUCGUGCAUUGGGUCUGGGAUAUGCACGGGAAAGGCCAGCUCCUCGACGUAGCGGAUGCGCGUCUGCACGACGGCGGGUUUGACGUGGAGCAGAUGGAGCGAACGCUGGUCGUGGGGCUGUGGUGCAUGCAUCCAGACUACGCGUCCAGGCCUUCCAUCCGGCAGGCAAUGAACGUGCUGCAGUUUGAGGUGCCUUUGCCGGAGCUCCCGCUAGAGAUGCCUGUGGCAACGUACGCACCACCUGUUUCAAGUGGUUACCGGUCGAGUACCACAUCUUCGUCCGUGAGUGACAACACUACAGGCCACUCGUCGACGGCGAACUCCUCGGGCUUGUCGGUGAAGAGUGACACCCAAGCAGGGACACGUUCUUUUGUCACUUCCAACGACACAAGGAAUACAGGAGGCAGUGUUCGAGAAUCCACUUCAUCACCAAAUGCUAUCUGAUCGCUCGAGCACUCGUUAAGAAGCGGUGCACUCUCAGGCAGGACUGAACAAUUUCCCAGUACACUCUAUUCUUCAUAGCUUGUCUUAUAAUACUCCCUCUGUUUCAAAAUAGUAUUCAUUUCU